AUUUACUAUGGAGGAGGCGCGAGCUCUAUAGCUCGCGCGCUAGUCCUAAACUAGUGAUGCAGACCGGGGAAUCGCCCUUACCAACACAACAGUCACCGGAAGAAAUCGACAUACGAUUGGCCGGCUCGUAAAACCACGUGAUAGCUCGAAGGCAACUACACCUUGAAUGUUUAGUGGCUUCCCGUACUCUCAACUCCUGGAUGCCAUAUCAGAAUAUCUGUCCCCAAGGUGUCUCGUCAUGAACAUGCUUCUUACUCCAACCAAAGUUGAUAGUUCCCGCACAAUAUGUCCUCGAUGGUUAAAGUGCCCAAACGAACUCGCAGACGUAACCCUAAAGUGAAGACCGGCUGCAAAACGUGCAAAAUACGACACGUAAAGUGUGACGAAGCCAAGCCUAAUUGCCUCAAAUGCACAAGCACCGGCCGCAAAUGCGACGGAUAUGUACCAACUAGUGGAUGCUUCCAAUUUCGAGAUUGGAGCGACAGCCAAGAUUCCAGUCCCCAAAAGGCCAUGUCGGUCUUUACUGUCUUUGGCGACAGCGUGCGUUAUCUGGAGUUCUAUCAUCAUUGCGCCCGCCCCGCAUUGUCCACCAGUUUUGACAGGGAAUUCUGGUCUCGAAUAGCAUUUCAGAUGGCUCACGCUGAGCCCGCAGUACGUCAUGCGCUGACGGCUCUCGGUUACCUCUGUCAAACCGAGCCCGGGAGCUUGAAGCACGCUCGCUCGAGGUUGAUAGCUGACAAUGAACGGAAAGUACUAUUGCUUCACUAUAACAAGUCCAUCGGAUGUCUAGUUGAGCGCAUGGCUGAGGCAAGCUACUCCUCGGAGAUUGGUCUUGUGACGUGUCUGCUCUUCAUUUGUAUCGAAUUUUUGCAAGGCAACUAUCAUACCGGCUUUACGCACAUGAGGAAUGGUCUCAAGCUCAUCUCAGAACGGCGGCAAAAGCCACAACACGAUUCGCCACUUCGCACGACGACUUUGAUCGAAGACAAGCUUGUCCCAAUUUUCAUACGCGGAGUAACGUCCGCCUUACUAUAUGGGGUCGAAGCUGAGGAAGACUUGGAUAUACCAUUACCGACGCCAUCAUUUCUCUUGCCACAACCGUUUACCAGCCUUUUCGAGGCGCAGGAGACCUGUUACGAGCUCAGAAAUGCAAGCGUACUCCACCUGCGAAUUGUGGGUCGCAAAUUAUUGGAAAAUACCCAGUUAAGCGUCCAAGACCUCCAAAAUCAAAGUAACCUCCUGGCAUGUCACCAUUCUUGGUUACAGAACUUUGAUCUCUUCGAACAAAACAAUAAGCUCUCAAAAGAAGAACGGGUUGCGUCGAGUGCGCUUAAGGCAUCGUAUUACUCUACAUUCAUAUACCUUUCUUGCUCAGAUGAAGCUUCCGAAACUCAGUACGACGCCCACAAUGAUCAGUUCAAAGAGAUCAUACACCAUGCCAGAUUAGUCAUCGACUCCAUGGCUCCCACCACGGCCUAUGCUGCACAUUAUACCUUCGACAUCUCCAUCAUUCCUCAGUUGCACUUUGUCGCGACACGCUGUCGCUGCCCUUCUACUCGCCGCGAGGCUGUAGCUCUCUUAGCACGAAAUCCACCCCGUGAGGGACUAUGGGACUCACAGCAACACGUAGUAGUGUCACGUCGGCUAAUUGAGAUGGAAGAGAGCCAAGUUGACUCAGUAACAGGCUGGCCCGUUCAAGAGACGAGGCUAUGGGGGUGUGUUAUCAACGCAGAUAUGGAUCGGAAUGGGGGAUUCUGGACUAGCUUCUUGCCAGCACGGUGGGUUGGCCGACUUGACCAGAACGGAAAACCGAGAUUGUUGGAAGAGUUCUUCGUCUUAUGAGAUUAAGGCUUGGGCAUGAUAAACAAGUCUGGCAGAACUCAAACUUGGCUAGCAGCAUUCUGGA